UCACAACACCACAUUUCAUCAGACUUGAAGCUCCUGCUGGAAGUCAGAAGACUCUCACACAACUCUGCUGCUCUACACAACUUCACCAGGUUGUAGAAAUGACCUCAGAUCUCAUGAACGUUGCUGCUCUGGGACGAGCUUUCACCCUAGGGAUGCUCUAUGAUGCUCGGAGUGAUGAACUGGUCCCAGGUCUCAAAUUAGGGAAUGCUGAAACUCUAAAAACAACUGAAACCCCUCAGCAGUACAGUAAUUUUGCGAUUUCUAAAUGUGACACCAUUGAAUCAAAGUCCACCAUGAUGGAUAUUGAAGCUUCUCUGCAGGCCAGUUUCAUGAGUGGACUGAUAGAAGUUGGCGGAUCUGCCAAAUAUCUGAAGGAUCAGAAACAAUUCAAGAAUCAGAGCAGAGUGACUUUGCAGUACAAAGCUACCACCAACUUCAAGCAGUUGUCAAUUGAUCAAGUUACCCUGGGCGCCGAACAGAUGAAGAUUAUUGAGAAGGGCUUGGCCACACAUGUAGUCACAGGCAUCCUGUAUGGGGCAAAUGCUUUCUUUGUGUUUGAUAGUGAGAAGUUAGAAGCCACUCAGGUUCAGAAGAUAGAGGGCAGCAUGCAAGCUUUGAUAAAGAAGAUUCCUUUUUUUGAUGUUAAGGGGAAGGUUGACAUCAAGCUGACUCAUGAAGAGAAAGCCCUGACUGAGAAAUUCUCCUGCAAAUUCUACGGAGACUUCAUUCUUAAAAGCAACCCAGCAACAUUUUGUGCGGCGGUACAGCGCUAUGUAGACCUUCCACAGCUACUGGGAAAAAAUGGGGAGAAUUCGGUCCCAGUGAAGGUCUGGCUGAUGCCACUGAAGAGUUUCGAUCCCAAAGCUCCUGAGCUGAUGACAGGGAUCAGUAUUGGACUAGUGAGGAAAGCCCAAGAUGCUCUGGAAGAUUUAAAGGAAGUAGAAAUGAGAAGCAACAAUUCUCUGGACGACAAAGAGGGAGAGGACUUCCCAAAGAUCCGAAAAGACCUAAGCACUUUCCAAAAACUGUGUGGUUAUUAUAAAACCAACAUCCAGCAAGCCAUGGCAAAGAUACUUCCCUCCAUCCGAGCAGGAAAGGAAGAUGAGAGCUCACUGGAAAAAGUCUUUGAAGACAGGCACAAGUCACCAUUCAGCCAUGAAGAACUAAACAAGUGGCUGGAUCACAAAGAGAUAGAAAUCAACAUCAUCGGGUCCUGUGUCGACACCAUGGAGGGAGUAAAGAUCGUCCAGAACCAGACCGAGGUGGACAAAGAGGUCCUUGCUCCAGGCGUAGAGGAUGUUCUGUGCUUUGUUUUCACCUCCAUGUCAAGGGGUGAUAGCUACCUUGAUGAGAUGGCUGACUACUUUAAAUCAACCAAGUUAGGAAGUACCCAUGAAGACAAGUGGUACUACUCCAAAGAAGUUCUUAAAACAAUGAGAGAAAAAGCCACAUUUUUCCAGGGUGCUUCCAACGCGCUGAAGCACAACAGCAAAUUCCGUUUCCUCAUAACGGCCAAAACCGAUCCCAUCUACAAAGGAGCAAGCAUCCAUCACUACAAGAAAGGCAAGCAUGUCAAUAAAGACUUUCAUCCUCAAAAGCCUUCUUCUGUGGAGACCAUCACAGACAAGAGAGAUCUGAUCUGGUAUGCCUGUGAUCUCAACCUGGACCCAAACACUGCCAACGGCUAUCUCACUCUGUCUGACGGAAACAAAAAGGCAACAUGUGGACCAUGGCAGAAUUAUCCUUCUAACCCAGAGAGGUUUGAGUACUCACAGGUGUUGUGCAAAGAGGAGUUAACUGGGUGCCAUUACUGGGAGGUAGAGUGGAGUACCAGUGGCUGGCAGUCUGUUUAUGCUGCUGUUGCAUACAAGGGAGCUGACAGAAAUGACGGACAUGCGAGCAAGUUCGGCUGUAAUUCAAAAACAUGGUGUUUUGGCAGAGAUUUGUGGUUCUUAGACCACUCUCUUAAGGCAUACCAUGCCAAUGAGAGGGUGUGGAAAGUACCAAAUCCCUCUGGUUUAUUCAGUAGAUUCGGGGUGUAUCUGGACUGGCCUGCUGGCACUUUGUCCUUCUACAGAGUCUCCUCUAACACACUGAGUCACCUUAACACACUGAGUCACCUGACCACCUUUCACACCACAUUCACUGGGCCUCUUGUUCCAGGCCUCUGGGCUUAUCAUACUUCCAACUAUGCCUACCUGUGUCCAGUUGAAUUGUAAAUGAACUGGAUUUAUACAGCGCCUUUCCAGUCUUUACGACCCAUCAAAGCGCUUUUACAUUGGCAGUUCACACACAUUCAUAGAGGCAGAGGCUGUCAAACACCUGCUCAGUAGCCUAACGUUCACACACAUCUACACACAGUCGGCCAUUCAUGGUCUGCCUAAAGUUUAAAAUUGCGUCCUAAAAUCACAUUUUGACGUUAACUUGCUUCACAAAAUGAAAAAUGCAUUCAAACCUAGAGGGACAGGGGACUGUUUUAUUAUUGCUUUAAACAAUGUAGCUUUUAUGAUUAAGUAUAUUCUGGGGAGCGGUCUUCACUGUAUUCUGGUUAGAGUUCCCAUUCAUUAACUUUGUGUACAGUAAUUGUCUGGUAUGAAGCGGGUAAACCUGUUGAACACCUGAGAGGUCAACUUUUCCCAACUUCUCCCAACUUCUCCCACUAAGGCAAUGAUGAAGAACUCUUAGCUUCUUGGUCGGUCUAAAGUUUUAAAUGGCAACCUAACAUCCCAUUUUAACUUUAACGUGCCACACAGAAUAAAAAAUGCAUUCAAACCCAGAGGGACCAGAAAGAAUUACGAUAUAAAAAAGUGACUUUUGUUUAUCAGUAAAUGUUGAUUUCAUCCUUUUCUCAAACUGUUUAAAGCCGCUGCUUUACGAACAGUUGAACAAUAUGUCUUUAUUGGAACUUUCUAUUGUAGUAACAUAUACUCAAGCAUUAUAUACACGGCAAUUGCUCUGUCAAAACUUAUGUUGAAAUACAACACAUAUAAACAUAAUGGGGGAAAAAAUAGUUGCUUAUUUUGUUGAAUUUAUGUUCAUUAUUUUAGGACAAAAGGUACUUCAAGUGCCAAUUGCUUUUGCUUUGUCUUUUUUUUAAACAGUAUUUUAAAGCGAGUUAUAUUUAGAGAAUACAAGAGGAGUCUUUUUUCUUAUGAAACCGGUGCGGGGUGGGUUUUUCUGUUUAGGACAAGAUUAGACAUGCUUUAUCAACAUUAUAAUGAUGAAAUAUGAAAUCAUAGUUUAACCUGUUUCACACCAUCCCCCCGGUACCGGGCGGAUAAACGCGUAAUUUGCAGGAAACAACGUCUAAGGAAU